GUACUCGUGUGAUAUUUUCCCGCCGUCAUAUUUAUUUCAACAACAAACAAGAUGCACAUGUGGUUGGUGGUAGCGUGCGCAGCGCUGCUGGCGACGUUGGCCGCGGCACAAAAGCCUGGCAGAUUCCUCUCGCUGCCCGUGCCCCAAAAAUGUGCUAACAGACCAAAGGAGUUCUUCUACCGAGGCCACAACUACUUCUACAGCGGGCACGUGCCCGAGCUGGCCAAACGCAAGGUAGACUGGCUGGAUGGCCGCAACAUCUGCCGCGAGUACUGCAUGGACCUCGUCUCCAUGGAGACGCAGGAGGAAAAUAAUCUCAUCUUCAAGCUUAUCCAACAAAAUGAUGUGCCAUACAUUUGGACAUCUGGACGUCUAUGCGACUUCAAGGGAUGCGAGUCCCGCAAAGAUCUCGAGCCCAAGAACAUCUUUGGUUGGUUCUGGUCUGCUAAUAGAGAAAAGAUAUCGCCCACAAACCAGAUCCCCAACGGCUGGGGCUACAACCCGUGGUCGCAGACCGGUCACAAGAAGCAGCGUCAGCCCGACAACGCGGAGUUCGACAUCAACGGCACCCACGAGUCGUGCUUGAGCGUGCUCAAUAACGUCUACAGUGACGGCAUCGCGUGGCACGACGUGGCCUGCUACCACGAGAAACCUAUCGUCUGUGAGGAUUCCGAGGAGCUACUCAACUACGUCGCGAGCACCAACCCCGGCAUCCGCCUGUGAUAGUUCUAAUUACAUAGAUAGAUACGAAACGACAUCAGUACCUAACUUAACAAAACAGUAACAAUGCAUUUUUCUUAUUGCAAUCGUUUGAAUCUUCUUUUCCACAUUAUCAACAGCGAUGUCAAUAUUAAUAGUAUUUAUCGUUUAGAGAUCACGU